AUGAAUUCGCUGACAUAUCUCACCCGGCAAUUCGAUGUGCUAGCCUCCCCGCGCGCCCCACCGUCUACACCGGUCUCGGAGACGUCGCCCUCGCUCGGUACUGAACACCAGGAUGUUGUUCAUAAACGCGUACGCUCGUGGUCGACAAAGUCACUUCGUGUCUCAUUCCCCGAGAGGUCUGCGUCCGGGACGUGGAUUCUCAAGAGGUCACGUCCAUCUCUCUCGUCUACGGAGAAGGCCAUCAAGCCGAAACGGUCUUCUGGUGCCGUCCUCAGAAGUAUCUUCUUUGUACGAAUCAUCCUGCAAUUCUGGAAUGCUGUGUGCACGGCGUGGAGGACAUUGGCGCGACGGGGAGUCGAGGUGGCAGUAGAGGAGGGCACGGACGAGGACGAGAAGGACUCUGAAGACGAGAGUAAGGACGAGAAAUCUACACUAGUGCUCGAUCUCGACGAGACCCUCAUACAUUCGACGUCCAGGCCGAUGAUGCACGCACAGUCAAGUGGUCCGGGCCUCCUAGGUCUCGGUAUCUUUGGCAGAGGUAACAAAGGCGCAGGGCAUGUCGUCGAGGUUGUGUUAGGUGGUCGAAGUACGCUGUAUCAUGUAUACAAGCGGCCCUUCGUGGACUACUUUCUCAGGAAGGUAUCUGGGUGGUAUACACUCGUUAUUUUCACGGCGUCUAUGCAAGAAUACGCCGAUCCUGUCAUUGACUGGUUGGAUGCUGGACGAGGUAUCCUGCAACGGCGUCUCUUCAGAGAGUUGAAGACGACCUCGCACGUGUUUGCUUAA